CUUUAAAUGUUUAGCUACUGCUACGAACACACACAAACUUACAGUGAGAUCAUGGAACAGGGCAGCAAGAGCCCUCCCCACCCCCACACACUAUUGGCUGAUCCCCCAGCCAUCUGCUUGUCAAUAAUAGAGCACAGUUAACGCUUUGCAUACUGACCCUUCCUACGUGUGCUUAUGUCAUUUUAUAUACUUGAGGGUGCCAUGAGCCCAGUGAUUGACAGGCAUGGACACACACACUGCUGUCACAAACAGGUCUGAAAACUACAAUAACCUGCAGAAAAUACUACUCCGCAACAAGCAACAAACAGCGAUGCCGUGCUGUAUCUCUGCACAGGCAGGUGAAAACAGAGGAAUACUGCUUGAGCUGAAGGCAGUUUUGGAAGUGAUACAGAGAGAGCACAGAGAAGAAAAGAAAUGGACGGACUUUCUGCUGCAAUUUCUUAAUGAUCGUUGUGGGUGGGAGAUUGAACGGAGUGAACUGAAACAGUACAUCUCCAAGCUAGAAGCUAACUCAGCCAAGCUAUGUGCCAGUAAAAGUACUUCAGACUCUCAGAGAGACGCGAGGAAGGAAAAGACAGAGCAAAGGCGCCUGCUGGAAGACACUCACAUUGCAGCGAUGGAACUCAAAAGACAGUUGGAAAGUAAUGAACGGAACUGGAAUGUGGAAAAGAUGGAGUUGUUGGAAAGAUUUGACAGUGAAAGAAAAGAAUGGGAAUGUCAAUGGAAAAUGAUGCAGAAAAAGAUAGAAGAGCUGUACCAGGAAGUCAAACUAAGAAGAGAAAAAACUCUAAAUGGUGAUAAUGGCGACAUCGAGGAAAAAGUGCUUCAGUUCUCAAUGCCCUCACAGACGGAACCGACCAAGCCCAUAAACUUUGAAAGGCAAAGUCACCAAAAAAACAUGGUCAGCAUUGGGCCGGAGAAAAACAGUAAACCAUCAGUUAAACCAUCAGUGAACAGCUGUCCGCGUUCAAAUAAGGAGAAUACAACUGAAACCAAAAUAUCUGAGAAAAAGCUAGAGGUUCGCAAAUCGGAGUCAGAAAAUUGGCUAGCCCAAAGGAUGUCCAAAACUGAAAACGACACGUUGAAUGAUGCUCUAAAAGAGAUUGCCAGAGUCAGUGAGGAGCUAUGUAAAUACCAGGAAGAAAUCCGAACAAGAUCCAACUGCAAAAGGACCGUGGCAGAUCCAGAUGAUGGGGAUUCUAAGAAAAAACUGAACAUGAAAACAGACCGGAAUCCUGCUCAUUUUUCUAAAUAUUCUAGAAUUAAGCAAAAGGACAAUUCAAGCAGCAUUACAUCAAUACAAGCUAAGCCAUCCAGCUUGACUCAGAAUUCCAAGAUAGGUGUUCAUCCCUUAGAAGAUCAAGAUUGCAAUUUAUCGUCCUGGAAUUUCUCACUAGAUUUAUCGAGUUCUAUAUUUCCUGAUAUCAAUAAGAAAUCAUCCAUUAAUAUGAAUCAGUGUUGUAUGGAAAGUAAGAAUCAGAUUUCAGACUUUAGCCUGGACAGAUAUAAUGAUGGGCUAUGUCAUGUUCAGUGGUUGUGUGACAUUGGAGGACUUGAAGAAAUGAGCCUGACAGAAACUUUGUUUAACAGCUUAACAGACGUCAGCAGCUUCACUCCAGAAAUUAACAAACAAAAUGCCUCAGUGUCAAAAAAUGGGAAUUUACAUUCAAUUGAUUUAUACCCUGAUAUGAUGAUGCUAGAACAUUCCACAGCAGGCUCUGGAUAUAAUUCUGUUAACACAAUAAAGAAUGGAAAAUUAGCAGACAAGAUUGAUGAAUUUAACAGGAUUGUAUUUAAGACAGGCAAGGGAAAUUCAGUUUCUGAUGAAUCGUUAGAUGUGGAACAGCCUGUGGAAAAAAAGCCAUCCAGUUUACCAAAGCGUGAAUGUCCAACCACUGAAAAAGCCAUUAUCCAACCAGUUAAAGUACCUGACACCAGUGAACGGGUUUGUUUGAACAACAGCCUUUGUAAGCCUGUUAAAGCUGUGAAAACCAACACUCCAAGCCAGACAGCUGGUCCUCAAAAUAUAAGUAGCUACCAAAAUGUCCUACAAGAACACAACUGGAAAAGAAUCAACUUGUCAGGACGGCCUCGAUCAGCUGAUUCUAGAUCUAACUAUGGGGUUGUUGAAAAGCUUUUAAAAAGCUAUGAGACCAAAACUGCUGCUUCCUUUUGUUGUUCUAAGCAGUCACAGAGCAAACUGACACAAUCAGACUCUCUGUUGACUGAUAAUAAUUCUGAAACUUUGAGCCAAUGCUUAGAAAUGCUUCAUCUCGAACAAACAGCAAACGUUUUGCAGAAUGACAUCCACUGGCAGCCACGACAGGACACAGUGAGCUUCCAGCUACCGGAGAUAUCACUAACAAAAUCAUCAGAUGGAAGAGGAUUCUCUCGCCCUGCACGGCCUGCAAAUCAACGCCCACCUUCAAGAUGGGCUGCAACAAGUACUCCGACCAUACUUCCCGCUGUGAGGAGGGCAACACACUGAUUUCUAAAGCAGAGGAAUGUCAAACCUGGAUGAAAAGCCAUGAAUUUGGUUCUGAAUUAUGUAGUGACUUCCGAUUUUUAAAGCUGACUCUUAAAAGUGCUAAUGGAAAACUAGGAGAUACAAACGAGUGGAGAAGGCAACUGACCUGUAAAAUAAUCAUCACAAAAUGGCACUUUGCGUGAAAUGGACUAUUGUGCGGACAAGUAAAGGCAGCUAAUGUUCCAGAAAAUGCAGCUUUUCAUCAAAGAAGCUCUUAGGAUAUAUUGCAUACAAACGUUACUUCCUGCACAUUUGUUAAAGGAACAGCCACACAAAGCUAGUGCUAGAGUGCACUAAUGUACACUAACCCUUACCUUCAAGUACGAUUUCAACUUUCAUCAGUUAAGAAGUCAGAACUAUGAUAUGCAAUUUAUAUGUUGCAUAGUUCAGGACUAGAUAAAUCCCAGGAGCCAAGUGGUCAGCCUGAGUAAAAAUGUGUACUGGAUGCUUAACAUGUUGAAGUCUAUAGUAAAUGGAAGCACUUGGUUCCAUAUUCUUUGACUGGCUCCUGAAUUAUGCAUCUAAGCUGAAAAUUUAUGUAAAAACCCUCAGUGAGUAAGACAUCAUUUAAAGGGAAACUAUAAUAUAUAUUAGGAAGGUAGGAUAUAAUACGUUUUUAUUGCAUUAUUUACCUGAAUGUUAUUUUGCCCAUUUGGUCCUCAUAGCUCAUACCCCCUCAGAAAGGUUGACUCACUUAUCAGUGCUCCUUUUACCAGCUUUCUGCUCUGCUGGAGCCCUUGCUCUAUUGUGGGGCUUCAAGUAUAGGAAAGAAUGUGAGCUCCCUAUGUGACAGUACCCCAGCCAAAGUGUCUGAUCACGUGGACUGAGCAUUGGGGUGGGUGGGCAGUGACAACGUUGACUUGGGUAAGCUGUGACAUCAGAACUUACCCAGGGUCGGCUUCUGAGGUUGUGAGGCAGCAUAGACAAGUGAGUAUAGCUUGCUUAGGUUGUGGGCUUGACACAAAUGGACAAAGUGACAUUGUCUCUGGUCCUUUAUAACUCAGUGAAAAUAUUUUCAAACCUUCUUAAAAAAUAUGCUGAGGUAAGUGGAAAAUAGUCUUAUAGCAAGUCCCUGGUUUCAGUCAGGUCAUGCUGGAACCAAAAACCUGCAAUUAAAAGAGGAGAACAAUGCAUUUUUUGUGCAACACUACAUACUAUGAAAUAAAUAUUGCAUAUGUACACAGCAAACAUGGCUCCCCCCAUGUUUAUAUGUAUUUAAAAACUAUACACAUAAUACAUACUCUAUACCCUUCCUUAUGUGUAUGCAUUUACAUACUAUACACAUGAAGAAGGCUUCUAAAACAUCACCUCUCAUUAAUAAAAUUAAAUACCUUAAGCUGACCACAUUCACAAACAUCUUUUUUUUUCAAAAACAAAUGAACUAUAGUUUCCCUUAAUUUAUUAAUUAAAGGAAAUGAUAUUGAUUAAACCCAAUUAUACUGAUACCUGUAUCUCCCAGUUAUUCUGAGUUUACACUGUCAUGCUGCAUUGGUGCAUGAGCAUUAACGUGCCUUAUGCUCUGCAAUAACUUGCUUUGCAUUAAGGCAUUAAAAUGGCUAAAAAGGCAUUUUCUGCAACACAGCACGUGGCAAUGCAUGUGUGUUGAGAAGGUGUGUUGAGGUUUCAUUCACAAUGAAUGUUACUGUAUCACACAAGACACACGUAUCGUUACUGCAGUUACUUCAGUGUGACAGGGCCGUAAUGUAAAGGUAGGAUCUUUCCAUAUAUGUCUUUUUCAAUAAAGGCUAAAAAUUACUUAAUAUUAAAUAAUGAGGGUAAGUGUGUUUAAACAUGAUUUUGUGCAAACUACUGUGUUCCUUUAACACUUGUGCUCAAAGGAAGCUAUAUUAACAACGUUUUCUAAUAUCACCACUUUCAAGUCUUCAGUGUUUUACGACUAGCAGAACUAUAUUUCUGUACUUUUAUUAUUACAUAGUAUUUUUCAUUUUGUAUCAUUGGUCCUUUUUUUUUGGUAAAACAAAGUAGAUAUUUGUACAGUUCCAUUUUGUUAAAUAUUUUCAACAUUUGAACAGUUGUAAAUUUCAUAUGCAUGUCACUUAAUCAUCUUGCAUGUUUCAGAUGUUGCCAUAUACUGAGUUCAGACAUUGCAGGAGCAAUGUCAACAUAUAAUCCACAGGACAUACACUUCUUAUUUAAUCUUAGCUUUCUUUAUUUGUAAAAUAAAAAAUAAAAAAACUAUAUAUCGACGACUAUACUUGCAACUUUUUCUAUUAGCCAGCAAUUAUGCUAUUUUUGUGUACAUCUGAAAAAAGAUUUCAUCAGUACAAAUGGUAGCCCCAGUUCAAAAGGCAUGUUUCUCAGUUAGUAUAUACUCUGCUGUCUUUUGUUAUUUUUAUGGAAAUUUAUUUAAUUCCGAUGUUGAAUUAACCAAGUUUCUAAUGAAGCCGUAAUAAUUUUUUCUGCAUUUAUUUUAAUGAUCCUGUAUGACUUAGCAGAAGCUCUUUUUUUAUGGUAGGCUGGUGGAUCAUAUCUAGUAACUCAAGUAUAGCAAUCUGGUAAACAAACACACAUUUAAUUUUAAAUAUUACUGUGGUCUGCCAGAACACAUCAUUUUGCUAAAUAGCUUAUUUUAUAAUAUGGCUUUUUUUGUGUAGAGCCAUUCCAAAUAAAUGUAUUAUUCUCAUUGCAUAGGACCAUUCAGUGUUACUUACCAAAUUGUAGUGUCACGGUAGUCCUAGUUCUGUUGCGUGGAUCCAUUUUGCCUGUGAAAUUGAAGUCAUGAAUACAGGAUGUUUGAUGUUACAUUUACUUUGGAGUGUUUGUAAAUUGUUGAUGGGAGCAAGGACUAGCAUUUAUGUUAUUUCCAUCAAUACACUGUUCGCAUGUUCUUAGUCGCUUUUAGUCAAUUGGUAAACUUUGUUGACGGAUAUAUUAGAACUACGGUACAUUAUAAAUUUAGCCUUGAUUUUGGCAUCGGCUUGUGUACACAAAUAUUGCAUCAGUAGCUACAAGAUAUAUGGCAACUGUGGAGCCAGCAAUCUUACACUCUGCACCUACAAAUAUGUUUUCACCAUCUCAAGUUAGAUGUAAUAAAUGAUAUUCCUGCUGUGAGUAAAUUACCUUCUUGCUGAUGGAAUAUCUUUCCUGUGGCCAAUUAAGCAUUGUGUUUUUGUUUUGUUUUUUUAAGGCAGCAAGUGUAAAGAAAAUAAAAUACAUUGCAUUAUUUCUAAAAACUCAGGUCAAAUUAAGUAAAAAAAAAAAAAAACAUGAUAUUGUUUAGGAAUUAAAAGCUGUUUAGUUUACUAAAUGCAACUACCCAACAUUAUUUUUUACUUUCUUUGUGUGAAAAACGUAGCUUGUAUUCAAACCCCCUAUCUUACAAACUUAGUCUUAUUCAAUAAGGAAAACUGCUCUGUAUUAAGGGUAUCUAAAUCCAAGAGCAAAGAUGUAAACUUCCCAGUCCCUUAAUGAUGGGCCUGCAUUCAUUUUCUUUUUUUUCUGGGCCUUUUCUUUCUUUAGUUUAUCAUGGUACUCCUGCAAAUAAUAGAAAAUUCAAUGUCAGUUUUCUGUAGUCAGAUCCUAUAAUACACAGGUGAUGGAGUCCCUGGGUUGCUGUGUACCCUUAUACACUGAGUUUAUGAAGGGAGCCAUGGUUGGUACCCAGACUGGACUGCAAAGAUGUCUGCCUCUUUCUCCAUUACAAAGGAAUUAAUAGGAUUAGUAAUUUACAGAAGAAAGCUAACCUUGUGCUUUCUGUCUAUCUGUUAAGCUCAUGGGAAGUGGCACUGUGUUUCUGAUAAGAUCCACAGAAACAGAACCUUGCUGAAAAGGUUUUUAACCUAAAACAAGCACAGUAAAGCCUUCUUAAAACAGAAUGUAUUAAUUUCUUAAUACAUCACAUAUCCCCAAAAUAUACCUAAUUUUAGGACAGGGCACUCAACCAUGCUUUAUGCCCCGAACUGCUGGACUAUAGUGCAAAUAUAGUUUACAAUUAAAGAGCCCCUUUUUUCUAAUCUGCAUGCAAUGUAUGGAAGCCAUAGUUUCUAUGGAGUAGGGCUUUAGACACAAGCAGUUCUGUAUUGUAUCUGGCAAAUGGGGUGUAAAGCAAUUAUUGCAUGUCCUAAAAUGAGGAAUAAUUCUCAGAUUUUUGAGAUAUGUGAUGGAAUGGGACAUGUGUAUACCUUACGCUGUAGGAAUGUUUUACUAUUCUAAUUACAGAUCAGAGUGAUGACAUUUUGCUUGCUUUAGUCCCUUCUCAUCAAAACCCGUAUGAUUAUACUAACCUGAAAAGGAAAACAAAUGCACCCACUACACCUAAGGACUUGUAUGCUGCAAUGUACUAUAUUACGUUUUUUGCUUUGGACUUAUCACCUCUUUUGCACCUAAAGGCAUAAUCCUUUAGGUGUGGUAACCCAUAGCAGCCUAUGUAAAUUCAUCCCUCACUGAUAUGACUGUAAAAUGAUAUCUGGUUGGCUGCUAGGGCUUACUCUGCCUUGCAUAUGAUCACUUGGGUUUGCCUGGUGUCCAUCCCUCUGUAAUACUGAUUGACAGCCGCUUAUUCAGGAUUCAAACUGUCUAUGUUCAGACGCUGAUAGAUUAAAAUCUCAUGAGGAGGAGGAGGAAUGACUACACAUAGCAGCUAAAAUUCAAAUAUUAAUACACAUGCGUAGCAGUUAGUGGCACAGGGCAACAUGAACAAUAAAUGCUUUCAACAUAAAGAGUUAUACAGUAGUUUUACUGAGAUUUGCUCUGGGGUUUUGUUAAAAAUAGUAUUUAGUGAGUUAGCCUUUAAAUCAUAACUACAUUGGCACUUUAAUAGCGUCAGUAUCAGUUGAAAAUUAGUUUUUGACAAAAUCCACAAACAAUCAUUUAAGUCAACUGUCAUAUUUAUAUGCGUGAUCACACACUCGUGUUGACACUGCAUGCAAAGCUUUAUAAGUAAGCUACACACAGACUUGAGUGGCAAUUUAUAUGUGUGGAUGAAUCUCUUUUAUAUAAAGAUCAUGGCUUAUUUUCUAUUUAGGAAGAAGAAGCCAUUUUUUGCGCUAUAACUUCUAUGUGUGAGAAAAGUGAAGCUCUGCACUGUGUAGGAGCUACUUAUUGAUGCUCUCUAGUUCACUUCAGCCCAAUAAAUUCACAAGCCAGUGAUUUUCCUAACAUCGCUUCCCCUAGUAUGCAGGAUCUACUACAGUUUUUAUGCACAAGGGGAUUUCUUUCCAUUUUCUGAGAUUUUCACAUCACUGAAGGUUGUCUAAAUGCUAUUAAGGCUGCUUGGCAUAUUAUUAUAUUUUUUUUUAUUCUGGUCCAGUGUGAGUAUUUGAUGUUUUAACUACACUGCAUUAUCCAUUUAAUAUAUUUAUUAAUUUUAUGUAAAAUAGGGGUGGUCAGAUUUAAAAACCAACAAGCUUUGGUGCCUUUAAUUCUCUGUGAUCUGCAUUGAGUUUUAUAUGGCUGUAUGAAUAAAGUGUUCUCUGAAACAAUAAAAUUAUUAAUGUCUGCA